AUAAACAAAUGAAUAAUGGUAUAUUUAUAAAACAUUUGCAUAAAUAAAAAGUGUUACCAUAAGUAUUUCUUAAAGUUCGGGUAAACGGUAUAAUUUUCUGAUAACUCUGCGGUCACACUACUACCGGCGCAUAUAGACGGAGGAAAAUUUUAUUUAAUAGAAUUGAGCUAUAAACAGGCUAUUACGCGGAAAGCACAUAUAAAUUCCCAAAUAAAUCCGCAUUCGAAGUCUCAUAAAUAUUGACAGUCAGUCGGAUAGGACAGCUAAUCACACCGACGACAAUGGCCAACAACAACUACGCCGGGUUUAACUAUGGCGGCACCCAGUACAAUACGGGCCAGGUCUCGUACCCGGCGGUAACCAAUGCCACCUACGCGAAUGCGGCCGCCUAUCAGAAUGCCGCUGUGGCCGCCGGACAGGGUGGUUACGGCGGAGCAGCAGGAGCGGGCGCUGGCGCCCCCUCUGGCCCAGGGGCGGGAGGUUACGGUGGCUACGCCGACUACCGCAGUGCCAUGCAAUCGUACGACGCCUCCAAGACAUUCUAUCAGCAAUCGUCGGCCAGCUACAACGCCUCCGGUUCGACAGCCUCGGUCAGCAAGACGCACUACUCGGCUCCGCCAGUCAAGAAUCAGGUCAAAGGCAAGAUGGACAAGUCGAAUGGUGGUCCCAAGCCGCCUAGUUCGGCUCCUCCGGCGGGCAACAAUUACAGUGGCUAUGAUACAGCCCUCUACAAUGCGGCUAGCAUGUAUGUGGCCCAACAGCAUCAGGGUAAUCCCAACCAAAAGCCAAAUGGCGGCGCCAAUAACUGGUAUCAGCGCAAGAUGGGACCCACCAUUCCGGGAGCUCCGGCCAUAAGGGGUAUGCGUCCCAAGGCACCUCCACGUCCCCAGCAGCUGCACUACUGUGAAGUGUGCAAGAUCUCGUGCGCCGGACCGCAGACCUAUCGCGAGCAUCUGGAGGGUCAGAAACACAAGAAACGCGAAGCUUCGCUCAAGAUGUCUGCUAGUGCCACCAGUACUACACAAAAUCGUGGUAACAACUAUCACUGCGAACUGUGUGAUGUGACAUGCACUGGCACGGACGCAUAUGCCGCCCAUGUGCGCGGAGCCAAGCAUCAGAAGGUGGUCAAGUUGCACCAGAAAUUGGGCAAACCCAUACCAUCGGAGGAGCCCAAAAAGAUGGGCAAAAUCAACUUUGUGCCCGCUGCUGUUGGGGCUGGCGGGGCAGGAGGAGCUGCUGUUGUCAAGACCGAAGGCGGCGCGAACGAGAGCGACGCAGCUGGAGAUCUCGAUGAUAACUUGGACGAUUCGCUGGGCGAAAACACGGACAACAUUAAGCCGGUGGGUGGCGAGUAUAUUGAGGAGGUCAAGGACGAAGAGGGCAAGAUUUUGAGCUUCAACUGCAAGCUAUGCGAUUGCAAGUUCAACGACCCGAAUGCCAAAGAGAUGCACAUGAAGGGCCGUCGCCAUCGCUUGCAGUACAAGCGGAAAGUACAGCCAGAUCUAGUCGUCGACUUCAAGCCCACUCCUCGCCAGCGUCGCCUGGCUGAGGCCCGUGCCAACCGGGCCAUGAUGUCCUCGCAUCGCGGCGGUGAUGAUCACGACGGCGGCUAUUGGGAGGAGCAGCGCAACCGACAAUAUAAUGAAGAGUAUGACUACAACAACUGGAUGUCGCGCAGUUUCGGAGGUGCCCAGCGUUUUGGGCGUAUGGGCAAUGGACCGCCGCCGCACUUUGGCAUGAUGCCCGGCGGAAAUGUUCGGCGUCCGGAAAGCACCGAUGAUCGCCACGCCAUUGCCCGUCACGCCGAGAUUUAUCCCAAGGAGGAAGAGCUGCAGACCAUCCAGCGCAUCGUCUCGCACACCGAGAGGGCCCUUAAAUUGGUCUCCGAUGCCCUGGCCGAGCAGCCCAGCGAUGCCGGAGCGGCCAAUAAGAAGGACAAGGCUGACAAGCCGUCGGAGAAAGACGGACGUGACAAUCAGAUCUUCUCGUUCCACAAGGACGCUGAUAAUGGUGGCAAUGUCGUGCGCAUCCUGAAGGGAGUGAUGCGAGUGGGCUACCUGGCCAAGGGUCUGCUGCUCCACGGCGACAACGCCGUCGAGCUGGUCGUCCUUUGCGCGGAGAAGCCGACUUCGGGUCUGUUGCAGCGUGUGGCCAAUGUGCUGCCCGACAAACUCAAGGAGGUGGCAGCUUCUCUCUCUGCAGGAUAAGUUUCGAGCCUCGAGCCUUGAGCCUUAGCCUAGAAGCUCUGUGAGUCUAGAGUCUUGAGUGUGUCGUUCAGUUAGCCAUCUGUAGCUGUAGCUCAGCCCUCCCAGGUUGCUCCUCUUCCCGCUCGGCUGCUGCUGCUCCGCUCCACUCCAAUCCAAUCACCACCAGCGGAUCGUCACGGUAACAAGCGCGGACUCGGUGCCACAAGUCCAGCCUCCUGCAGUCUAAUGUGGUGUGGUGUCCUUGAUGAAACAGUCAAAACCAAACUCUUAACCAACUGAAAUUCGAACCAAAGGAAUAUAUUUAUACAAAGUUUGCGCGCCCUCGAUUCGAUUCCGGAUGAAACUUUGUGUAAAUAAAGUCCUUUGAUGGCCUGGCCAAGAAGUUGAACAACACAACAACACGCCAAGAAGCAAUGCGAUUGAUCCACACACGAGAAUGCAAGUGCUUGGGCCAAAAUUUCAGCGCCGAUGUGCUGCCUCAUCUUUCACUCGAAACCAAGCAAAUAUAUCUAUACUCUGUAAACUCGUAUACAUAUAUAUGUGCAAGCGGCCGAAUUGUGUGUAUCAAGCUUGAUUGUCCAAUAUAGAAAAUAUAUAUCUAAAAAUGCAAACAAAAAUUGCGACCGAAAUUUGCGUUGCGCACCGUGAAUGGAGAGUACUGAACACGAGACGUCUGGUCAACGUUUCCCGCAGCCAUAAAUUUCGUUCAAUAUUUUAAUGCAAACUAACCAACAAACAAAUCAAGAUAAUUCCGUUAAAUAGUUCAAGUCGAAAUUCAGUAAAAUACAGAAGUGCGCGCUCUAAGUGGAAUUGCAACGGGUGGAUGACGCCGAGUCCGAGUCUCGAGCUUGCAAUUCCGUUUACGAGGCCCCAAACGGAGAUACCGAUCCCAGCACGCAAGUCGAACGAAUCUCCUGUUUGCUGGGAACAGAGCGAAUACGAGGAUCGUGGGAAGAAACAAACAUUAUUCGUGCUUUUCAUACCGUGCAUCAAGUCCCCAUUUGAACAAUAUAUAUCUAUAUAUUCAAUUGUUGCUAAUCACAAUGUAUACAUACGUGUAGUUUGCGGGCCCACACUGGAAUUUUGUUUCACCCACAAUGUUUGUCUCUUUUUCCAAGUCGAAUCUAGUAUUUCGAUGUUUUGAGCUUCCUUCAAAGACGCCUUUGUUACAUUUUCUUCCAUUGCUCUCUUGAUUUCAGGCGACAUUCCGGUCAAUUACCGCGUGGAGGUCAAUGCCGAG